GUUCAAGCCAGUACUGCCCUGUCAAUCAAUGCAGUCAAGUACAGACAUGUUUACAGAAACUGGAAACAAAAAUAGUGCGCCUGUAGAAAUCCUGUUCCCAGCUCAAUCAUCGUUACCAUUGUCUACAGCAGCACAAAAUGUUGGAUCUGGAAAUUCUAGAAAUUCAACUCAGCCGUCAAUUUCUUUGACAGCAACUGAAUCAGACACUAGUUUAGCAUCUGCCAAAUUACAUUGCCUAGCUAAUUCAUCUGAGCAAUUUUCAACUUUUAAACCAGAGCUAGGAAUAGGUACAAACCUAACUGAACAAUCUAAACCAGAGUCAUUAUUUCUUCCAGAUCAAUUAACCAGUAGAUUGACAGGAGAUAAGUUAACAGCUGAAAAAUUUCUACCAAUGGUAACAGUUAAACAAGAAUCUGGUAUCAGCUGUUCAGGAAUUCAACACAUUCAACCAAUGGCAACCGAUAUAUCAGAAUCUGAUACCAGCAGCUCUGGAUUCCAGUUGUCAAUGCUGAAACAAGACCCAGGUACCAGUAGUUCAGGAUUCCAGUGCCCAGCUCAACCCUCUGGGCAAGUAUCAGCGUUUAAACCAGAUCUGGGUACCAGCAGAUGGACAGGAAUUCAAUCCCCAGCACAGCAGUCUCAACCCAGGCCAAUUGUUAAACCAGAACCUGGUACCAGCCCUUCUGGAUUCCAGUUACCAGCUCAACAAUAUCAAUCAUUGUCAUCUGGUAAAAGCAAAGCCUGAUACCAACAGCUCAGGAUUCCAGUCACAACAAAACAAUCUCAGUCAUUGCCAAUAUUUAAACAAGAACCUAGUACCAGCCCUUCUGGGAUUCCAGUUC